GAUUCGCUGGGGAGAAGUGUGAGGUCAAUGUAGAUGAGUGUGCCAGUAAUCCAUGUCCUAGUGGCACCCUCUGUGAGGACAAGAUCAACGCCUACAGGUGUUACUGUCCUGAGGGUAAACUUGGCAUCAACUGUCAGAAAGAAAUCCAUUAUGACUUUGAUAUUGUCCUUCAAACCCCAUCCGUGCGUAUGCAAGGUGAAAUGGUGGACAGGAACGCCCUCUUUACUUUGAACUCAACCUCACUGUCAGUGUCAUUGUGGUUCCGAUUUGCGUCUGCUGAUGGUUCGGGGGCCGACAAAAACAUUGUCUCCAUUUAUGGAUUACGAACAGGCAGUAGACACUCAGCUGUCAGCCAGUUCCUCGUCAGAAGUCGGUCAAUCCUUGCUCAGGUUAGUGACAGCAUCUCUGUCCAGGCCAUCGGUAACGACCUAAUGGAUGGACUGUGGCACCACCUGGUGGUCACCUGGAACGGUCAGAAGAAUCUUGAAGGCGGUGGAGUGACUGGACGUUUGACAAUGUACCUGGACAAUGUAAAACAUAAGGAGGCUGAUGGUGUCGGCUCCAAAGCCAGACUUCCUCCAUUUGGGUGGCUUGUGAUUGGAGGAAUCUAUGAUGCAUCAACCAAUCAGAUCGUCCGAUCGAAUGGCAUUGUUGGUCGAAUCAGUCGCCUGUUUAUAGUCAAGAAGGAGCUUGACUCUGCAGUCCUGAUAAAUGAACUUUACUCCAACAGGAGGUCGUACGUCCCUGUGGGGGUGGUUCAUGGUCCAGUGAUUUACCAGGUUGAGCACGGUCCACUGACCAUAGACUACAACAGUGAGGUAGAAACAGAUGGAUGCUUCACUCAGGAAUCUUGCCGUGGUCUAUAUCAAGCAACGAACUAUGCAUCUGUGAGAAUCUGUCCUCAGGAUCAGUAUGUGACCUUUGACCGGGAUAAAAAUGCCAUCUGGACUUCACCGCUGUUUGAUCGAGCAGUAUCAACAACUAUGAACAGAUAUACUGGAGCGGAGGAGCUGCGUGCUGGUGUGUACGGUAUAUCAGCAGCAGGGUUUGACAGUGACGGCAAUGCGGUGAUGUGUACCUACAGACUCUAUGUGAAGC